AUGGUACGAACACGUCAGACAGAUCUAGUUGGUAACGGACCGCCUCAAGAGAAUGAGGCCUUUCUGAGACAAAUGAGGGAGAUGAUGACAGCAGUAGUAGAUGAAAGAUUGAGGAAGUUUGAAGAAGACUUCACGAGGAAGCAUCAAGAGUCGGUCAAUCAAGAGGACCAAGAGAAUGAGGUGACUAUGGAGGCACAAAGAGAAGGAGAAAGGGGGUUUAGAGGUGGUGAUCGAGCUGGAGACUUACCUCAGAGGGAGGAGUAUCGAGCAAUUAGCCAGGGAGGAGAUACUUUAGAGGGAGUGAUUUACCCUCCACUACUGAAUGACAUCACCAAGGUAUGGAGAGAGGUGCAUCGUCAUGAUCCUCCACAGUUCAAGGGAAGUUUGGAAUCCUCAGAUGCAGAGAAGUGGAUUGAGUGGAUGGAGACAAUCUUUACUACUGUUCCUUGUCUUUCCCCGCUCAAGGUACAAGUGGUCGUCACUUAUCUGGUGGAGCAAGGAAGGCAUUGGUGGGAUAGUACAAGACCUUCUGAUAUAUCUCAGUUAGACUGGGAUACCUUCAAGCGGAUGUUCUAUGAUCAUUUCUUUCCAAAGGAGUUGCGAAUGGAAAAGCAAUUCCUGAUCUACUCCUUGAAGCAAGGAGAGAUGCAUGAGGAUCAGUUUAUCAUAAGGUUUAUAGACUUGGCAAAGUAUGUGCCCAGGCAGACAGAAGAUCAUUCGUUCUGGCUAGCCCAACAGUUGAUGAAUCGUGCAAGGCCAGAGUUGAAACAGCAAUUGGCCUUGUUAGAGGUCAAUACCUUCGAGGAGAUGUGUGUGAAGCUGCGGGUUGCAGCUAGAAGGACAAGAGAGGUGGUGGAGGCAAGGAGGGCUGAGAACCAAGCUAGAGCAGAUCGUUAUCCUGGUCCUACAGUAGGAGUGGGGAAAAGAAGUCAGUACAGCUCUGGGAGCUCAGGACGUGCCUAUGCCAUGACAAAUGAGGAGGCUUCUGCAUCUCCAAACUUGAUUCGAGGUAACAUUCUACUUGAGGGGUAUGUUAUUUCUACUUUAUUUGACUCGGGUGCUACACACUCUUUUAUUUCUGUGGACUGUGCUCAGAAGUUGAGCUUGCCUAUGGUUGAGCUACCUUAUGAUUUGAGAGUGUCUACUCCUGCGGGAGUCACUGUCGUAAUUGGAAGAGCAUGUCUAGAGCUUGCACUUCAGUUUGAGAAUCGAGAUUCUACAAUAGAUCUGUUUUGUCUACCUCUGAAAGGUAUCGACGUGAUUAUUGGCAUGAACUGGUUGAUGGCCAAUGGUGCAGUUCUUGAUUGUAAAAGGAGGUUGGUGACGAUUUUGGUAGGUGCCUUAUGUGCUGAAAUGUUAGGUGGUCCAAUGUUGUUGUCAGUUGUCCAGGUAAAGAAGGCGGUAAGGAAAGGGUGCCAGGCCUUCAUUGUCUUCUUUUCAAUUAGUGAGGAUAAGGCAAGAGGAAUUGAACAGAUAGCUAUGGUGAGGGAUUACCUUGAGGUGUUUUCAGACGAGGUUGCAGGACUACCUCCAAAGCGAGAAGUGGAGUUCUCCAUAGAAUUGGUUCCGGGAACCACCCCAAUCUCAAAGGCUCCUUAUAGAAUGUCUCCUUUAGAAUUGGUAGAAUUGAAAAAGCAGCUAGAAGAAUUAUUAGAAAAGGGACUUAUCUGA